GAGGCUCCGGCAAAGAGGAGGGCUACCUGCUGGUACUGGGAGCAGGGCCGCUGCCAGAUGGGCCGAGCGUGCAGCUUUGUGCACCCGGAGGAGAAGGCGGAGCCGUGUUGGUACUUCCAACAAGGCAAUUGCUCCAAGGGCGCUAGCUGUGCUUUCAGCCAUGAGGGCUUUCAGCAGCUUCUACAGCAGCCGUCCUCACCUGUUGCGGAUGAGGAGCUGGUCAAGGUGCCUUCGCAUCUUGCCAAAUCUUUGAUCGGCAGAUACGAGGCUACGAGGGCGGGCCCCGGCGGUGAGAAUUUCCGGUUGCUGCAGCAGGUGACUGGCUGCCAGCCAGUUCUUGUCGCAGCCAAAGAUGCUGGGGAAAAUGAAUAUUGUGUCGUCAAGCUUUGGGGCAUCCCCUCACAUCGGGUGCAAGCACGCCAGCUAGUGGAGCAGCACUGCAAAUCUGAGCAGAAGGUCAAGCCGAUGAAGGAGCAGGCUGAGGGCCCGAUCGGCAAAAGCUUAGGCCGGAUGGGUGUCGGAGAUGGUGAUGCGUGGGCUGGGAGCAGGAAGCGCAUUUCGAGGCCACAUCCCUGUGACCAGCCCGUUUGCAAGACCGUCUCUCGCUCGGGGGUGCAGAGUGCCAUGUCCCUGGGAUUCAGCGAAGGUGGCAUGCGGGAUCUCUUCGCACCAGUGAAGGCGCAAUCCGAAAUCACGGAGGGCAGUGACAUUUUGGCCGCAGCCCGGCGUGUUGCCGACCAGGCCUCCCAUUCUGGUGUCAGCGGUACGUCAGAGAGCCCCGCUAAGCUCACGGAGCUCUUUGCGGCGGAGGGCUCAGGCGACUUGCUGGCGGCCAGAGCGGCACGGGCGUCCAACUCGGGGGUGCAGUCCUCCGUUCGCAGCGCCGGGCCGAAGGCCAUGUCAGAGCUCUUCCGGCCACGGGCCAUCGUGGCUCCACCGCAGCCUGAGGAUGCGUCCGAGGCCUCUGUGGACAUGUUCUCCUUCGCGCGUGCGGCAGCUGCCGAGGCCUCACGCUCCGGCGUCACCGCCGCAUCCGCAGCGACUGGCACUGGUAUCAAGGAGCUGUUUGCCCCACCAAGACGUGCUGGAAAGGCGUCGCCGAAGGCGCUGGCCGCGCCACAGGCACUACCGCAGCCAGAGGCGUCAGAUGCUGGCCUGAGCGACCUCUUUGCCUCUGCCAGGGCUGCGGCGGCGGAAGCUUCUCGUUCUGGUGUUCAGUCUUCCGUGGCUGGAAGCGUUGCGGGGAAUGUGGCGGAUCUCUUUGGGAAGCCCAAAGCUGGCAAGGCUAGCCGCGCGCCUGCGCCGGUGGCUCCCAAGGCGCCCUCCGAGAUCUCUGACGGCAGCGACCUGCUGGGAGCCGCGCAGCUGGCAGCUCAGCAGGCAUCGCGCUCCGGCGUCCAGUCCUCGUUGGGUGGUGCAGCGGCCGCGAACCUCCAGGAGGUCUUCACCGCGCAGCGCCGGGUGCCGGCGCCGCCGAUGGCGACGCCAAAGGCUCCGCCGAAGGCGCCACCCAAAGCGCCGCCAAAGGAGCCUUCGGAGAUCUCCGAGGGCAGCGAUUUGUUUGCGGAGGCGCAGAAGGCAGCCCAGCAGGCCUCGCGCUCGGGCGUCCAGUCCUCCCUGGGCGGCACCAACCUCCAGGAGGUCUUCACCGCGCAGCCGAAGCCCAAGACGCAGGCCAAAGCGCCGCCGAAGGAGCCUUCAGUGGUCUCCGAGAGCGAUUUGUUCGCCGCAGCUCAGAAGGCUGCAGAGGAGCCUUCCGUCGUUUCCGAUGGCGACCUCUUGGCAGUGGCUGCUCGGGCGGCUCAGGGAGACGCCUCUUCGGUGGGUGGCUCCGACCUUUUGGCCAUUGCCAACAGAGCUGCCGCUGAGACCUCGCGCUCUGGUGUGCAAAGCUCCGUGGCGGGAGCACACAUGGCGGAUCUCUUCGCUCCAAAGGGCGGCGACAUGCUUGCCGCAGCGCACAGCGCGGCCGGGGAGUUCUCCGUGUCCGGGGUGGGCAGCAGCGACAUCCUGGGCGCGGCGCGGCUGGCGGCGCGGGAUGUGUCGCAGUCCGGCGUCGGCUCCGACCUCUACGGCGCAGCCCGGGCGGCGGCGCUGGAGGCCUCUAACUCUGGGGUCUCUGCGGCCACUGCAGCGGUACUCUUCGCGCAGAGGAAGCGGGACUUUGAGUUUGCUCCUCCCAGGCGUCAGGCCCACGCCGAGGGCCGCCACGGCGCCGUGUCCGACGCGCCCUGGGCCGCGCCCGCGCCGCCGCGGGCGGCGAAAGCGCCGGAGCCCCCGCCGGACCCCCCGCCGCUGCCGAACCGGACCUUCCUGACGGAUCCCAAGGACAGCGAGGAAGGGCAGCUGGAGGAGGAGGAGUUCGACGUGGAUGGUCUGUUCAUACAGCGGGCUCGGCCGCAGGAUAGCGCACCGCGGCCACCAGGAGUCGCGCCACCACCUGGAAGUGCGCCAACGGUGACCGCGGCCGCAGCCACUGCAGCCGCGGCGGCCGCGCGGCCGCGGCCAGCGCCGCCAAUCGGGACAUGCCAGGUGCCCGACUCACCCUCGGCGGCAGCCGCAGGCUCGCCGCGCUUCGCCCUGAGCCCUCGGCUGAGUCCGGAAAGGCAGCAGAUGCUGGAGCAGCGACGGCGCACCGUCCGAGAGGAUGCCCGCGAUUACAAGCGCAAGCAUAGCCGGGUCGGCGAGGCCUCGCGAUCGCCGACUGCAUCAGGAGCCAGCCCAUCAAGCCCGUCAGGAAGCUGAACGUGCUGACUCCUGACCGAUUUUUUUUGCGGUAGACUGCAAGAUAUUGCGCUCUGAGUAUCAAUAAGCGUCUGAAUUGUCC